UGUCUAAGCUGUCAGAGUCUGCAUGCUUGUCGGUGGUCCCUGCCACUAGGGAACUCGAAUAUCGUCGUAUUUGCCGACUGUAGAGCACUUCUCCCCUCCUCGCGGGUGGGAGUGCAGGAACCAAGGUACAAGAUGAGCACCAUGUUCGCUGACACACUCCUCAUCGUCUUUAUCUCCGUGUGUACGGCUCUUCUCGCUGAGGGCAUAACAUGGGUCCUGGUGUACAGGACAGACAAGUACAAGAGACUGAAAGCAGAAGUGGAAAAACAGAGUAAAAAAUUGGAAAAGAAGAAAGAAACCAUAACUGAGUCAGCUGGUCGGCAGCAGAAAAAGAAAAUAGAGCGACAGGAAGAGAAACUGAAAAAUAACAACAGAGACCUAUCAAUGGUUCGCAUGAAAUCCAUGUUUGCUAUCGGCUUUUGUUUUACUGCUCUAAUGGGAAUGUUCAAUUCCAUAUUUGAUGGUAGAGUGGUGGCAAAGCUCCCCUUCACGCCCCUUUCCUACAUCCAAGGGCUGUCUCAUCGAAACCUGCUAGGGGAUGAUACCACAGAUUGUUCCUUCAUCUUCCUGUAUAUUCUCUGUACCAUGUCAAUUCGACAGAACAUACAGAAGAUUCUUGGCCUUGCCCCUUCACGAGCUGCCACCAAGCAAGCUGGUGGAUUUCUUGGUCCUCCACCUCCUUCGGGGAAGUUUUCAUGAAAUCAUCCAAAACCCUUUAAUUCCUGUCAUUCUUUUUA